AUGGCUGAUAUCGUCCUGAUUCUGCGUGCAUGCGAUGCCACCGCCCACUCUUCCACAGGCUGCUAUGUCGACCAAGGAGGCAACCAGCGUUCUGGUACCUUCACCAUAUACAUCGAGCCAUGGCAUGCUGACAUCUUCGAAUUCCUUGAUUUAAGGAAGAACCAUGGAAUGGAGGAAGUCUGCGAAUGGGUCGGGCCCAACAGAGACUGGCCCUUGUUCUGCCCUAACAAGGCACCAGGCCUUGGCAAGGUUAAUAGCGCUGUUUCGAGGCUUUUCACAAGGAGAAGGAAGGUCGUGCCCGCAAGUCCAUUUUUGCCCAGAAUCUGGUAUGCUAUACUAGAAGCUCAGAUCAAGACUGGAGGUCCUUUCAUGGUCUAUCGAGAUCACACCAACACCAAAUCCAACCAAAAGAACCUCGGCACUAUCAAAUCGUCAGAUCUUUGCAUGGAAAUCACUAAGUACUUCCUCUAA